AAACUUUCGCAGUGAACACUUUUCUCAAGACUCGGAUAAUUCUACAGAGACCAUUCGUCUGUUGGCUGGCAUCAGUUAGUAUUGUUCUUUGGGCAUGGCAGAAUCUAAAACAGCCUAUGAACUGAAAGAUAUACCACUGGUUAAAAGCGUAGUUGGGGUUUACUCACGAACGAAAUCCUCAAACUUCUUUUUGACUUAUAGUUGUUCGGCGACAGAGAAAAGUCUUAAUUUUUUAGUAGAAUCGAUUGUUGAAAGAACCGGUUGUGGUGAUAUAGCUGAUACUGUUGUGAGUGGAUUCGUCGCCUCACUGAAGGAAACUUACCCAGCACUACAGAAAACUCCAGAAAAGAUCUACAAAAAGACUAAACGGAAAACAUCAAAAUACAUAAAACACGGCGCUCAGACUGUUCUGAGAACUUGCGCUGGACAGACUUUGCUUGCUGGAGUUGAUGCUCUAACUAACGUGUCAGAUCUCGCAUACAAACGUCUCAAAGACCAGAAUCGAGCGGCAGCGAACAUGUCAAAAUCUGAAAAACAUGCACAAACCGAAAUGAUGUCGCCAACUAAGACGAGCCGGGGACAGCAGACAAAAUUGACAGGAGGAGGCGAAAAAUGGGUUAAGAAACUUACACCUGAAGAUGACCAGCGUAUUCAACCCUCGUUUACUCUAUCGUACAUUGUUAUGUUUCCACUGGCAUUGUUGAUUCGAUUUUUGAGAGUCAUACAAAGGAAGCUACAUGCCAUAGCUGAUCGGCCAUCAGGAACAAGAAAAUCUUCAAGACGUAAAUUAGAUCGACCUCCGCUGACUCCAGAAAAAGUAGAGGAGAUUGAGUGUAGAAGAAAGGUUUCUCCAAGAAAACGUCUUAACAGUUCCAUCCUAGGCAAUAUAAAAAGUGUAGCUUUCAGAAUGUUAGGGCUCCAAACCAGUUGUGUCAAACAGACAGACAUUAGGCAGUUUCUCACCUGCAGUAAACAUAGAACUUUCAACAUGUCGCCAUUAAUGGAUAGUGAAGAUGCCGAGAAAAAACGUAAACAUGACGAUAUUCUAUCGGAUGAUAGUUCUACUGAUGACGAAGACCUCGUCAACAUGGACUUGAAGAACUAUGUGUCUGAUGAAGAUCCAGAUUAUGAGCCGACAGAUGAAGACGAGUCUGACAGCAGCAUCGAUUCUGACGAAGAGGAAGAUGAAAGUGACUUUGAUACGGUAGAACUUGGAGAAGGUGGAUUAAUAGAAAUCAAAGAUAAGGAAAACGUUACGCCGAUGAAAAAUAAAAGUAAAGAACUUGAAAAGAAGCCAAUGAAAGAAAAUGUUGAAAAACAGAAAGAAUUGAAAGAAAAGGCAUCUCCAAAGAAGGCUGUGCUAUCCCCAAAGAAACAGCCAAGUUCAAACGUCCAAUCUGCUAUAAUAAUGAAUAAGUCCCCAGUUAAACAAGUCAGUGGAAAAGAUGAAAAGAAAGAUUCAAAUCACAACCAGAAGUUCAAUGACCAAUCAAAACCGUCCGAAUCUGGGAACAAGCAAUCAAACACCGGAUCGAACACGGCAAAUAUUGGGAAUACCGAAAAACAUCAAGGGAACAAGAAAUCGUAAACAUUCAAAGUCGAGACUGCCGUCCAAAUUCUGUUGUAUUUUGUAAAUGACUUCGGUUUCAGUUGUACAUUGAUGUUCUCUUUCAUUAAUUUCUUUACAGAAUAAUGCAAAUUCCUUUCCUUUUUUUUUUUGUAUCAGUUUACAAAUGAAUGUAAAUAUUAACAGUUUAUACAUGUGUUAUAGUGCUGUAUUGAUUAUUUGAAACAAAAUAUACUAAAGUAUUUUUCUCAUCAAA